AUGGCAGCAACUGCACGCAUCAACCAAUUGGCUGCUUCUCUUGGCGGUCCCAGUGGUGAUAUUGGUCUGAUAGGUUUGGCCGUCAUGGGUCAAAACUUGAUCUUGAACAUGAACGAUCACGGAUACACUGUAGUUGCUUACAACCGAACAACUGAAAAGGUCAAACAGUUCUUGGACAAUGAAGCUAAAGGAACCAAAAUCCAAGGCGCAUUCUCCAUCGCUGAACUAUGUGCCAAACUCAAAAAGCCACGUAAAAUCAUGUUGUUGGUUAAAGCUGGAUCAGCUGUAGACGACUUUAUCGCUCAAUUGUUGCCACAUUGUGAAGCUGGCGAUUGUAUUAUCGAUGGGGGAAACUCGCACUUCCCUGAUUCGAUUCGUCGUACCAAGGAACUGGAGGCUAAGGGAUUCUUGUUUAUUGGAACUGGUGUGUCUGGUGGUGAAGAAGGAGCCAGAUAUGGUCCUUCAAUUAUGCCUGGUGGGUCUCCUAAGGCUUGGCCUUUGGUAAAGAACAUCUUCCAAGACAUCUCUGCCAAGACCAAAGAUGGUGAAGCAUGUUGUGAUUGGGUUGGUGAAGGUGGAUCAGGUCAUUACGUAAAGAUGGUGCACAACGGUAUUGAAUAUGGUGACAUGCAAAUCAUUGCCGAAGCCUACUUUUUGAUGAAGACAUGUCUACACAUGACUGCCGAUGAAAUGGCUGAUGUACUUGAUGAAUGGAACAAGGGGGAAUUGGACUCCUUCUUGAUUGAAAUCACUCGAGACAUCAUGAGAUUCAAGGAUGAAGAUGGUACUGCUUUGGUUGAGAAGAUUCGUGAUACCGCUGGCCAGAAAGGAACUGGUAAAUGGACUGCCAUCCAAGCUCUUGACUUGGGAACUCCCGUCACCUUGAUUGGUGAAGCUGUCUUUGCUCGAUGCCUAUCAGCGUUAAAGACGGAGCGAGAGGCUGCAUCCAAGAUCCUUGAUGCCCACUCUGUCGAAUUCAAAGGCGAUAAGAAGGCCUUUAUUGAAGAUAUCAGACAGGCUGUAUAUGCUGCCAAGAUCAUCUCGUAUGCUCAAGGCUUUAUGGAAUUACGUGAGGCUGCCAAGGAACAAGCAUGGAACUUGAACUAUCCUUCUAUUGCUCUUAUGUGGCGUGGUGGUUGUAUCAUUCGAAGUGUAUUCUUGGGAGAUAUUACAGCUGCCUUCCGCAAAAACCAACACCUCACCAACCUUCUUCUGGAUCCAUUCUUCACCAGUGCCAUCCACCGUUGUAUGCCAUCAUUCCGUCGUGUAUGUGCUCAAGCCAUGUUGAGCGGAGCUCCAAUCCCAUGUUUAGCUACUGCUCUCAACUUUUAUGAUGGAUACCGUCUUCCUCGUGGAUCAGCCAACUUGCUCCAAGCUCAACGUGAUUACUUUGGUGCUCACACAUACGAGCUAGAAGGCAAACCAGGAGACUGGGUUCACACCAACUGGACUGGUCGUGGUGGUCGUGUCGCAUCUUCCACAUACCAAGCAUAA